CAAGGAGCCACGGGAGCGCACAGAAGGCACGCAGCGCUGCGGGGACGUUGACGCACAGAAGGCACGCAGCUCAGCCUCCCGUGGGACUUUGAAUUCUUGGAAAAAAACAUCUACAAGUUUGUCUCUGAUGCUGAAUGAGAGAGAGAGAGAGAGAGAGAGAGAGAGAGUAUAAAGCGCGAGCGAGCUAAACUGAGGAGCAUGCGGGGCUUUUUUUACGCGCGAGUGGGCAAGUGUUGCGCCACUUGCUGUCGCGGUUGUUUUUGUUUACGCACACAUUUUUGAAAAAGCGCCGAGUGUGACUUUUUAGUGAAGUAUGACGUCUUUUGAUGCGGCGUGUUUCCUGCGUUGUGUCCUCGUGCUGCGGAGUGCGACUCAUGGGAUGUAGUAAAUGGAGAGCUGCGUUCAACUUCGGACACCUGCGGGUGCAGUCCAAGCUGUCCGUCUUCUUGACCAUGAUUAUUCUCUUCACGUACCUCUUUUACUGCCUCAACGGAUACUGUGACUCCUUGCCGAGGCCCGUGUACGACCAGCAGAACAAUAUUCAGAAAAACAAAAUCCCCGUGGACGAUGGACGCGAGGCGCGCGGCGCGGCGUGCAACGCGUCGCGGGUCAUGCGCGAGCAGCUGUCGCGCGGAGGCGGCGACGUGCCGUCGAGCAACAUCUCCAUAGCCAAUAAUUUCGGCAGCAAAAAGUUCCCGCAGGCCAUCAUCAUCGGGGUGAAGAAAGGUGGCACCCGGGCUCUGCUGGAGUUCCUGCGCAUCCAUCCGGACGUGAGGGCCGUCGGCUCGGAGCCGCACUUCUUCGACCGCUUCUACGACAAGGGACUGGACUGGUACAGGAACCUGAUGCCUCGUACCCUGGAGGGUCAGAUCACCAUGGAGAAAACCCCCAGUUACUUCAUCACUAAGGAGGCCCCUCGCCGCGUCUUCUCCAUAAGCCGCCACACCAAACUCAUCGUGGUGGUGCGUGACCCCGUGACCCGGGCCGUGUCCGACUACACCCAGACUCUGUCCAAAUCUCCCGGGCUCCCUUCCUUCCAGAACCUGGCCUUCCGCAAUGCCACCGCGGGCCUCAUCGACACAUCCUGGAGCGCCGUGCGCAUCGGCAUCUACGCCAAGCACCUGGAGAACUGGCUGCGCUUCUUCCCGCUGUCGCGCCUCCUCUUCGUCAGCGGCGAGCGCCUGGUGACGGACCCGGCGGGCGAGAUGGGCCGGGUUCAGGACUUCCUGGGGCUCAAACGUGUGGUGACGGACAAGCACUUCUACUUCAACCAGACCAAAGGUUUCCCCUGCCUGAAGAAGCCGGAGGGGAGCAGCAGGCCGCGGUGCCUGGGGAAGUCGAAGGGCAGGCCCCACCCCCAGAUCCCCUCUGACGUCCUGCAUCGGCUCAGAGACUUCUACAGACCCUUCAAUCUCAAGUUUUACCAAAUGACCGGCCACAAUUUUGGCUGGGAUUGAGCGGCUACUGGCCAAAGCUCUUUAAAAAACUGUCCCCGGCUUUCUCGGUCAGCCAGCGACCAAAACCAGACGGGGAUACCUUUCCUGCUUUUCUUAAGCUAUGAAAACUCCUUCUUUCCUCCAGAUUUACAGACGCCGCCGCGGCAUCAAAGUUCGUGAGCAGCUAACGGAACUCUUUUGAGAAGGGCUGAUUUUCUGCUGCAUUGUGACAAGGGUAAACCAGAGGACUUGGCCAGGAGAACGCUGAGCUGUCAUUCGAUGUCCAAAACACUUAAAAAGCUUUUUUAUGUUUUUUGAAAAUAACUCCAGAAAAAGACGGGCAACGCUGCAAAGAGAUGUGCCUGAAGUUAAACCAAAAUGGCACAAAAGAGUAACGAGGCUCGACAGUUUGGCAAAAGUUACGAUAAACCGAACGACUUAUCGGACCAUCGUGGACGCGGGAAGAACAACAACGCAAAGAGGCAACGGGUUUAGAAAUAUGCACAACGGCACAAUGGAAAUAAAUGUAUAUGUGUAUUGUUGAGAUAUAACUUAAUCAUUCAGAAUACUUUCUACCGGGUCCUGGUGAAUGAACAUGUAGUAAUGUAAAACACUUUCGCCGUUAUUUAUGUCGCCAACACAGCCAAUGAGAGGUUCUCCGCACACGACGCGUGAAUCUGUGAUUGUUUUCUACUUCAUUUAAUCAACACUCACCUCCACAAACGGUACUUUCAUGCAACUCUAUAUUUCUAAAAGCCUAAUUUAUAAUAUGACAAACUAUUUGUUCAGAUGUUUUUUUUGUGAGACUUUUGUAUAUGAUAAAUCCUGCAGAAAAUUCUGACUAAAACUUUUAUUCAAAAAUG